AUGAACGGUGUUGCGACUAGGAGAGGGGGUUCAGCAGGAGCAGCAGUAGGACGAGGAGAUGGCUUUCCCACGCCAGAGAGGCCGCUGUUUGCAGCCGGGCAGCCGCCCCUUGGGACACCGACAGGGAAGGCGCUGGUGGAGGGCUAUCGGAAAGACAUACUGAGCGGUUUCGAGAAGGACAAGCCACGAUAUAAUCCCCUGAACGCAAACCACCCCCAAAGCUCUGCCCUCGUGGAUCUCAGGGAUCCCAUCCAGGUGCACCUGCUGACAGAAACCGCCCUUUUCGAUAGCAAAACCUUCGAAAUACUGUCACAAGAGGAGGUGGAUGAUCUCAAGAAGCAAGUGCAAUCCCUGACGAUGCGCAUCGAGCAGGCGCGAGCGAACUUGGCGAUACAGUCCAAGUACCGCGACGCAGCAGUAUCAAUGGCCAGACUGUACUCGCCCUCCAAGGCGGAGGGCAAGAGGAGGAGCUUGCUUGGCAACCGAAUGAGCGACUCCGCUAAGGAAGCCGAGAUGGAGAAGGCAGCCAGCGAACGCCGGUGCGAGGAGCUUGCAAUGGAGCUGUUCUCGCUUGAGAAGCGCCUCAUGGAACCUCAGAGACGACUUCUGCAACACACGGCCGGCAUCUUGCAGAUGACACACCACGUCUCUUCAAAGAAAUCGGGACAACCCCCGGUUACACCGAUGAUGAACGGUAUUCCCAGCAGCCCGGAGAGCCUCUACACGUACACAAACACCCGCAAUAGUAUGGAGAUCCCCAGCGAGGAACUUGACUAUGGCAAAGAUGCCUACAUGCCCUAUGACCAGACGGAUCGUGCCGCAGGCCGUCAGCGUAAGAACACAAUUGAGAUUCCCAUGAAAUCGCCGAUUCGAGAGCAGAAUGCUCAGCUUCGAGAGCUCCGUGAAGAGCUGGCGCGAAUCAAGGAGGAGAACGAGCGCAUAUUGGAGGAGAAUAUACAGCUGAAAACGGCGGAGCAGCAGCUCAAGGAAGAUAUUGUGAGGGCUUCCGAGGAGAAGUCGAGGAUCAAGGAUGCUGAGUCGCGCCUCAUGGCGAUCGAGCAGCAGAUGACUGCCGAGACUGAGGGCCUCCGAACACAGAGUGCAGAGCAACUCAGAACUAUCUCCGAUACCGAGGCACGACUAGAGAGUUUCAACCACAAGCUGCGCAAUGUGAUUGCGGCAUUCAACCCAGCCAAAAAUGCCGAUCUUAGCGGUCCAAGAACUGCCUCUGGCUCUGGCGAGUCGCUCGCUAGCCAGCUGGAAUACAUGGCAAGCGGCCUUGCCGCUGCCGAGGACGCCGCUACGCGAGCUGCAACGAUUGCAUCGUCCCUUGGCCAAGUCGAGGUUCUGACCCGGCAAGUGCAGCUCGCACUCGAGCAGUCGGGCGUCGCCCAACCGCCACCCUCAGAAGGCACGCUUGAUGAGCAGCUCGGCUACAUUGAAGGCGCCAUCACAACCCUUAUUGAGGUUUCAUCUUCUGUCUCGACUAAGAAGCAAGAUAUUGAGCAGGUUGACGCCGUCCUCAUGGGCCUGUGGGAGAUCAUUCAGACGGGCGAGGCCGAGAUCGAACAGCAGCGAGCAGCGCGGCGGCAGAACCGCGCCUUGGGCGGGGCCGCUAGCGGCGACGACGAUGACGAUCUCUCCAGCAACGAGCUGGACAGCUACACGAAAGAGCCUUACUCGCUUCAAGCCUUUUCCACUAAAGUCCAGUGGCUCUACGCGCAAGCCACCAGUUUGCGCGAGCAGAAAACUAUCCUCCAACGCCAGAUCAAGCAACAGCGCGAGCUCAACAACCGCAGUGAAUCCGAGAAAGACCGCGAGCUCCAGGCCAAAGAAGAGGAGCUCCAGCGCACACAUCUCCUCCUCGACGACAGCGAACGCGCAGCGCGUGAGGCCCAGGCCCAGCUCGAGCGCGUCCUCGGCGACUUGGACACGUUGCAAAAGACCACGGCUGCGAACGAGACGGCAUCGGCCUCUUCCGCCAAGGCCGCCCAGGACCAACUCCGCGAACGCGCCGCCCGCAUCGCCGCGCUCGAGGCAGACUCCGCCGAGGUCCAGACCCGUCUGGCGGACGUGGAGGCUCAGCUGGCGGAGGCCGCCUCCGCGCAAGCGGCGGCGGACGCCGAGAUUGCCGCGCUGCAGUCGCGCCUGGCCGCAGCUGAAGAGGAGGCCGCGAAGCUCCGCGACGAGGAGCUCAAGGCCAAGGACGAUGAGAUCGACCGCAUGAACAUGAUGGUCAUUGAGCUCAAGACGGAGCUGACAUUUGCCAAAGCCGAGCUGGACGGCGCAUACGGCUCGCGUAAGGAGAGGGCGGCUGAGGCGGCCGCCUUGUCCAAGGCCGGCGAGACGGAGGAGCUCAACGCCCAGAUUGCGCGGCUGAAGAGCGAGUUGGAGGGCGCGCUCAAAGACCUCGAGGAUAUCACCAAGGAGAGCAUCGCGGCCGAGAAGGACAGGGUCGCGCUCGAGGGCAGGCUGGAUGACUUGCUCAGCGAGAAAGCGGAUUUGGAGGGCGAGGUUGCGUCGCUCAGGGACAGGUUCGAGAAGGAGGUGGGCAGGUUACGAGAGGAGCUGGAUAAGGAACGGUUGAGGGCCCCUGCCGCCGGUGGUCCCGGGGGCAGGGCCGGCGCGAAUAUGCUUAGUGAGCAGUUCCGUGCCACGAUGAAGGAGGAGAGGAAGAAGUUCCAGGAGGAGAUGAGGGAGGAGCAAGCUAAACGGCGCAAGCUGGAGGAAGAGUUGCGCGCUUUGAAGAGGGGCCAGGCCGGGCUGUCGACUCGCAGUGCGUUGAGUCCCAGGUGACGAUGGACCCGGUCUGCCUUUUCUGUGGUAUAUUUUGGAUAAUGACUCGUGAGUCGGCAAGUUGGAUAUUUUUGCUUCUUCAUAUUUGUCCUACCUCUUCUGUUGAAUACCUUGUUUGAAAGGAGUUUGGCCUCGGAUUUCUGUUCCCACGGGAAGCUUGGUUGGCAUUGGAGUUGAUGGUCUGGUUCUGCAUACCCUGGCCUCCCUCGUUUAAUCGGCGACUUGCUUGAUAUAUCGCCUACGCAUUUGGGAGGACCAAACUAGAUAGAUGGAUACCUCAUUGCAUUCACAUAUAGUUGGUAUACAGUUUGGGCUAAUGAAAGAUCCUUAACUGAGAG